ACGGCCGGCGCGCUCGGCGCUGUCUACGCUCACCAUCGCAAAGAGCGGCGCUCCGCGGCUACUCCCCACAAGACUCGGCACUCGCGCGAUAUAUACACCUCUACACGUACUGUAGACUGUACACACAUUUAUAACUACGAGAUGCGCCCGCAGCGCGAAGCCAGUAGCUGCUAGCUGGUGGUCCUUUGCGAGCCGUUCCGUAAAUCGCGUUCGCAGUCGACUCGACGCGCCGCAACAUCGAGAAUCGCUCUUUUGAGAUUUGCGAGCCGAAGAGAAGAGAGUAACAUAGAUUUUUCCUGUGACACGACUACGCAAUCUCUGACAAGCCGGUCUUGACAAUUUUCCGCGAGUGAAAUUGCCGGAUAUAUAAGUACUUACGCCGCACAAGGAAGUCAGUGAUCCGCUGCUGCUACUGCUGCUGCUGUUCCGCUGGGAUUUUCUACAAGUCCACGCGAGAGUCUACUGUCCACGAGGCUUUCGCGUCCGACCGAGAUAUUCCACGGUGAAAUAGCUGCUCGUCGGUUAGUCUUUUCCUCCAAAUUCGUGCAGUGAACGUCAGCCGAUUCAAGAGCCAAAGAUGCCAGCCAGAUUCGACAGUAUGAACAGCCCACUGGUGCGCGAACCCGUGGUCAGCAAUGGCACGCCUUACAUCAUCGACGACGACGUCGUCAUCUCAGGAUUUUCGGGCCGACUGCCCGAGUCCUCGAACAUCGAAGAGUUCAAGCAGCAGCUGUUCGAAGGUGUAGACCUGGUGACCGACGACGAGAGACGCUGGCCUUCGGGUAUCCACGGCCUGCCAGCACGUACCGGUAAGCUCAAGGAUCUCGCCUCGUUCGACGCGACCUUCUUCGGAGUCCACGCGAAGCAGGCCAACGUCAUGGACCCUCAGCUCAGGAUGCUUCUCGAGCUGACCCACGAGGCUAUCAUCGACGCCGGUAUCAACCCGUUGGAGAUUCGAGGCUCGCGAACUGGAGUGUUCAUCGGUGUCUCGGAUUCCGAGUCCGACGAGCACUGGACCGCAGAUCCGGACCUCGUCAAUGGCUACGGUUUGACCGGAUGCUGCCGCGCCAUGUUCCCGAACCGCAUCUCCUACACAUUCGACUUCAGCGGUCCCAGCUUUGCGCUGGACACGGCUUGUUCCUCGUCUCUCUACGCCAUGCACCACGCCAUCGCCGCGAUGCGCAGCGGCCAGUGCGAUGCUGCGAUCGUCGGCGGUGUGAACCUGCUGCUGAAGCCCACGAGCUCUCUACAGUUCCACAGACUCAGCAUGUUGUCUCCCGACGGCGCCUGCAAAGCCUUCGACUCGACAGGCAACGGAUACGUGCGCUCCGAAGCAGCCGUCGUUAUUUACCUGCAAAAAUCUCGAGACGCCAGACGAGUUUACGCUACCGUCGUAAACUCCAAAGUCAACACAGAUGGCUACAAAGACCAGGGAAUCACCUUCCCCAACGGUAACAUGCAGAACAAGCUGAUGCGCGAGGUGUACAACGAGGCCGGUAUCAAUCCGGCCGACGUCACCUACGUCGAGGCUCACGGCACGGGAACAAAGGUCGGUGACCCGCAGGAGGUCAACUCCAUCGCCGAACUUUUCUGCAAGGACAGAAAGUCGCCGCUCUUGCUGGGAUCCGUUAAAUCCAACAUGGGUCACUCGGAGCCGGCUAGUGGUCUGUGCUCCAUAGCCAAGGUCCUGGUAGCUAUGGAACAGGGUGUCAUCCCUCCCAACUUGCACUUCAAGAGUCCGAACAAAGAUAUCCCGGCGCUGUCGGACGGCAGUAUCAAGGUCGUAUCGGAACCUACGCCCUGGAAAGGUGGUCUCGUUGGUGUCAACUCCUUUGGUUUUGGAGGCGCCAACGCACACGUCGUGUUGCGCAGCAAUCCCAAGCCGAAGAUUUCGCCGAUGCUCGAUGUCAAUGUACCUAAGAUGGUCGCUGUUUCUGGAAGAACUGAGGAGGCUGUUGCUGCCUUGCUGGAUGAGGUGAAAAAGAACGAGAAAGACGACGAGUUCAUCUCGCUUGUGCACAGCGUGCACGCUUUGAACAUUCCUGGUCACUCUUACCGUGGCUACCAAAUUCUUGGAGAAGCCGAGGAGCGCGAGAUCUCCGACUACAACGGCGACAAGCGACCCAUCUGGUACGUGUUCUCCGGCAUGGGCUCGCAAUGGGCUGGUAUGGGCAAAGACCUUAUGUGCAUUCCAACUUUCAACAAGUCUCUGCGACGCUGCGCCGAUGCGCUCAAACCUUGUGGCGUGGAUCUUUUGAAUCUCAUUCUCAACGGAACUGACGAGACGUACGAAGACGUUCUCAACAGUUUCGUUUCGAUUGCGGCUAUUCAAGUCGCGUUGGUAGACGUUCUUACUAUGCUGGGCGUUCAUCCCGAUGGUAUUGUUGGCCAUUCCGUAGGAGAAGUUGGUUGUGCUUACGCCGAUGGAACCUUCACCGCUGAACAGACCGUACUCGCUGCAUACUGGCGAGGAAAAUCUAUCAAGGAAUCCGGACUGCCUGAGAUGGGUAUGGCUGCAAUUGGUUUGAGUUGGGAAGAGGCAAAGAAACGCUGUCCACCCGACGUAUUCCCGGCUUGCCACAACUCCGCCGACUCGGUCUCAAUUUCCGGACCCCUUCCGUCGCUUGAGAAGUUCAUCGCAGAACUCAAGGCAGAAGGCGUUUUCGCCAGGUCUGUUCGAAGCUCGGGCGUCGCUUUCCACAGCAAAUACAUUGCGUCAGCUGGUCCUAAACUCCGUGCUAGUCUUGAGAAAAUCAUUACUAACCCGAAACCCAGAACUUCGAGGUGGAUUUCUACCUCGAUUCCCGAGUCCGCCUGGGGAACUCCACUCGCACAAUUGAGCUCUCCCGCUUACCACGUGAACAACUUACUGUCCCCAGUAUUGUUCCACGAAGCUCUGGCUCACAUCCCUCAAAAUGCGAUUGUCGUAGAAAUUGCUCCUCACUGUCUCCUUCAAGCUAUUUUGAGGAGGUCUCUGCCGUCCACUGUCACCAACGUUGGAUUGCAUAAGAGGGAUCACACGAACAACAUGAACUUCCUGCUGACAAACAUUGGAAAAAUGUACAUCGCCGGUGUACAGCCUCAAUUAUCCAAAUUCUACCCACCCAUCAGCUACCCUGUAGGACGUGGCACACCUAUGAUCAACUCAUUGAUCAAGUGGGAUCACUCUAUCCAAUGGGACGUCGCCGACUUUUCCGGCAAGAAUUCAAGAUCUGGAGAGAGCGUUGUGGAUAUCGAUUUAUCGAAGGAGACCGAUGCUUACUUGGGUGGUCACGCUAUCGAUGGCAGAGUGCUAUUCCCAGCCACUGGUUACCUCACGAUUGUCUGGAAGACAUUCGCUAAGCUGAGGGGAGCUGAAUAUGAAAAAUUGCCGGUCAUAUUGGAGGAGGUACAAUUCCACAGAGCCACCAUCAUGCCCAAGGAAGGUUCCGUCAAGUUCUUGAUCAAUAUCUUUGAUGGUACUGGCGACUUCGAAAUUUGUGAAGGUGGAUCGGUUGCCGUUACCGGUAAGAUCCGCGUUCCCGAAGAUAUCAAAAAAGAUCAGCUCAGUCUGCCUGCACCAGCUGUUUCCAAGGAACCAGAACUCUUAGAACUGAAGACUGAGGAUAUCUACAAGGAUCUUCGUCUUCGUGGUUACGACUACACCGGCAAAUUCCAGGGUAUUCUGAGUGCCGAGAACCGUGCUGCUGCUGGAAAACUCGCCUGGUCUGAUGAUUGGAUAUCCUUCAUUGACACAAUGCUGCAGUUCUCUAUUCUUGGCAAGGACACGCGUGAUUUGUUCCUGCCCACGAGACUGCAGCAGGCUAUUAUUGACCCCGUUGCACACAAGCAGCUUGUCGAGGAUCUGGGCGAACAAGGAGUUCCGGUUUACUCUUACCCGAAAAUUGGAGUUAUCAAAUCCGGUGGUGUUGAGCUGAGAGGAAUGAAGGCAUCGCUUGCUCCAAGGAGGCAGCAGACCCAGUCUUCACCCAAGCACGAGCGAUACGUCUUUGUACCAUAUGAAAAUUCACAAGUCUUGGUCGAAGACCCAGAAAGAUCCAAGUUGCACGCUCUUACUGUCCUGCUCCAGAUCGCCAGAGAGAACUUUGGAGGAAUUAAGAUUAAGGCCGUCGAGGUCGCUGGUGAAAGGAGCUCCGAAGCUCUUAUGGCUCCAGCGAUUUUGGACAUUUUGCUGAGCGAGCCUAUGCUUAGCGUGGACCUGCAACUCGUGACAGUUUCUCCUGACAGCCAUGCCGCUCUUCUGGCAGACUGGAGCAUCAAACCUUUGACCAAAGACGUCCAAACCAGCGCUGUAGGCCAGGAUCUCCAUUUGGUGUUUGCUGCUGAUGUGCUCAGCAACAACCAAAUCGCUGUACUCAAGAAUAUAGCCGAUUCGAUCAAGAGCGGCGGUUUCGUCGUUCUGGAGGAAACGGGCAGCGUUACUUCCAACGCUAUCAAGAAAGCAGGUCUUAUCUUCGUAGGCAAGCAAGUGGUGCCUGGCAAGAGCUACGUAUUGCUCAAGAAAGCAGAGGAGACCGCCGAACCCAUCAUCAUUCAGAUUACCGAAAAGAAUUUCUCGUGGCUCGAGGGCGUGAAGGCAGCUUUGAAGAAAGCCGAAGCCGAGGGACAGAAGGUGCUGCUCGUCAGUCAGGGCGAAGAGCUGCUUGGUAUGGUUGGUCUGAUGACGUGUAUCCGCCAAGAGGCUGGUGGUAUGAAUGUACGUUACGUCUUCAUCCAGGACAAGAACGCACCCAAGUUCUCUCUCACUGACAAGUUCUAUGCUGAUCAACUGGACAAACAACUCAUGGCUAACGUGUUGAAGUAUGGCCAAUGGGGAUCUUACAGACAUUUGCGACUGGACCAGCAAUCAGACGUUUCCUCCCUGCACGUCGAGCAUGCCUACAUCAACGCUCUCGUCCGAGGUGAUCUCAGCAGCCUGAGGUGGAUCGAGGGACCACUCAGCUAUUACCAACCGGAGAAGUUCCCUGGCAAGGAGUUCUGCAGCGUUUACUACGCGCCUCUUAACUUCCGUGACAUUAUGUUGGCCACCGGUAAGCUCAAUGCCGAUGCUUUACCAGGUGAUCUCGCUAGCCAGGACUGUAUCCUCGGUCUCGAAUUCGCCGGUCGCGACUCCAAGGGCCGCCGAGUGAUGGGUAUGGUCGCAGCGCGAGGUCUCGCAACCACACUUCUCGCCGAUCCAGGAUUCAUGUGGGAGGUACCAGACAAAUGGACCCUCGAACAAGCUGCCACGAUUCCAGUCGUCUACGCCACGAGUUACUACGCGCUUUGCGUAAGAGGUGGUAUGAGACCCGGAGAGAGUGUGCUCAUCCACGCUGGUAGUGGUGGUGUUGGUCAGGCCAGUAUUGCCAUUGCCCUGCAUAUGGGCUGCACGGUGUUCACCACCGUCAGCUCUCAGGAGAAGAGAGAUUUCCUCAAGAAGAACUUCCCGCAGUUGACUGAUAGCCACAUCGGCAACUCUCGAGACACGAGCUUCGAGCAGCUGAUUCUCACGGAAACGAACGGCCGUGGUGUCGACUUGGUAUUGAACUCGCUGGCUGGUGAAAAACUGCAGGCCAGCGUCAGAUGUCUGGCCAACGGCGGUCGUUUCCUCGAGAUCGGUAAAUUCGAUCUCUCCAACAACACGGCUCUCGGCAUGUCGCUCUUCCUCAAGAACACCUCGUUCCACGGCAUUCUUCUGGAUGCGCUCUUCGACGUCGACUGUCCGGAGAAGAAAGAGCUCGUCAGACUGGUCAGCGAGGGUAUCAAGAACGGAGCCGUGAGACCGCUCCCAGCCACGGUGUUCAGCGAGCAGCAGAUUGAACAAGGUUUCAGAUUCAUGGCUACCGGCAAGCACAUCGGCAAAGUGCUUCUCAAGAUUCGCAACGAGGAGCCAGAGAAAGUAACGCAGCCAAACCUGAAGAGCGUUGCUUCGAUUCCUCGCACCUACAUGAAUCCUGACAAGGCUUACGUCCUUGUGGGCGGUCUCGGAGGUUUCGGUCUCGAGCUUGCAAACUGGCUCAUCACCCGCGGCGCAAAGUACAUUGUCCUCACCUCGAGAUCAGGAGUGCGUACCGGCUACCAAGCCCUUUGUAUCCGCAGAUGGCGCGAGAUCGGUAUCAACGUGACGAUAUCAACCGAAGAUGUGACAACUCCUGCCGGUGCUGAGAAGCUGAUCAAGCAGGCUAGCCAAUCUGUACCCGUUGGAGGAAUAUUCAACUUGGCUGCGGUGCUUAAGGACGCUCUGAUAGAGAACUUGGAAGAGGGACACUUCAAGGCUGUCGCCUUGCCAAAGAUUGACGGUACAAAGAACUUGGACGCGGCAUCGAGAAAACUAUGCCCAGCUCUUGACUACUUCGUCGUAUUCUCAUCCGUAUCUUGCGGUAGAGGAAACGCCGGACAGACGAACUACGGUCUCGCCAACUCGGCCAUGGAGAGAAUCUGCGAACAGAGACAGGCCAACGGACUUCCUGGAUUGGCUAUCCAGUGGGGAGCUAUCGGUGACGUCGGUCUUAUUUUGGAAACCAUGGGCAACAACGAAACCGAAGUUGGCGGUACUCUGCCCCAACGCAUGUCCAGCUGUCUCACGACAAUGGACACGUUCCUCCAGCAACCUCACCCAGUUCUUGCGUCGAUGGUUCUCGCUGAGAAACACAAGCCUACCGAUGGUCAGAACCAAGUCGGCCUGCUGGAGGCUGUUGGUAACAUCCUGGGUAUCAAGGACGUCAAGACAGUCAACCUGAACAACAGUUUGGCCGAUCUGGGCAUGGACUCGCUCAUGGGUACGGAGAUCAAGCAGACCCUCGAAAGGAACUACGACAUCGUGCUCAGUCCCCAGGAAAUCCGCGGACUUACUUUCGCCAAAUUGAAGGAAUUCGCAUCGGGCAGUGGCGAGACGGCUGAAGUUACCGUCGCAUCGCCAGUAGACAAAACCGCAGCAGAAAACGGACCGGACCAACUUCUCUUCCAGUGUUCGGGCAACGAAAUUGUACCCAAGAAAUCGCUAGUCCAACUGGAAACCCGCAAGUCUGUGGGUGAGCCAAUCUUCGUUGUUGCGGCUAUCGAGGGUAUCGUCAACUCGCUCAAAUCACUCGCCAGCGAAAUCGAACGCCCUGUUUACGGUCUGCAGUGCACUAAAGACGCACCACUCGAGUCUAUAGGCGAAUUGGCCGAAUUCUACGUCAAGCAGAUGACAGAAGUGCAGAAGAAAGGACCUUAUACACUUGUCGGCUACUCGUUCGGCGCGCUGGUGGCCUUCGAGAUGGCGUUGCAACUGGAAAGUCUCGGCGAAACCCUUAACCUGACUCUGCUUGACGGUUCUCCAGAGUUCAUCAGCCUCCAUACCCAAACGAUUGGCAAACAGACAGAAUCUGUGAGUGAGAAGCUGGAGGCGGACGGUGUUAGGAAAGCAUUGGCUUACUUCACCAGACAGCUGAAUUCUAACGUUGGUUUCCUGAAGGCAUAUAGCUUACUCCGAGAAGCACAAAACGACGAGGAAAUGUUUGAAAAAAUGUAUGAAUUGAUCGGAUCGAGUCCAUUCAACUCGGAAGACAUCAAGGAAGCAGGUAUCUUAUUCUUCAAGAAACUGAGGGCAGCCAAUUCCUACGUACCGGGCGGCAAAUAUCAAGGCCCAGUCACGCUGAUCAAGGCUAAAGACAAUUUCGUUACGUUGAACGAUGAUUAUGGUUUAUCUCAGAUCUGCAGGCAGAAUGUGAGAAUUGCGGAGCUCCUCGGAAACCACAGGAGUAUCCUUUCGGGUGAUAGCGUGAAGAAAAUAGCGGAGCUACUUCAAGUCUAGAGGCUUUUUUUUAGAAUUUAGUUAGUAUCUAUUCCUACGUGCAAAAGAGAUUUCCUAAUCUUAUUCGCCAUGCGAACUCCUACAUAAACUGAAACCAAAAUUACUGGCUAUCUCUCGGGAAUGAAAAUUUCUUUUGUAUAAAUCUUUCUUGAGAAAUCUCUUUGCACUUUAUCAUUCAUUUGUCAUAUGUUACAAAUUCGCGCUCUCUCAUUAUCGUGUCGUGUGUAUAAUUAUCUGAUGAUUAUACUGUAAAGAAGAAGAUUGAAGAGUCUUACAUUUACUUUGCUACAAUUAUGCGUUUCACUAAAACGAUCGGGAAUAUGAAUAAUUUGUACAAAAAUGUAAGCAAAACUAAGAAAAAAAGCCAAGCACUUUGAUUUUAUUAAUUUUUAAAUUGUGCUUAAGUGCAUACUAUUUUUAGAUAGAAAAGGUUUUCUUAAAUAUUCCUGGUCUUGCUCACUGUCUGCUCCGACGAGUCCGAGCCUUUACGAAUUUAAGUAUAGAGUAAAAGCUUUUAUACAAUUUUUCGAUGAUCGCUAGUGGACAAGCGAGCAUUGUCAAGUUGUAUGAAGCAAAAAUUGUAUUUAUUAUAAAUAUAUAUUUAUUACGAUUUUGUUAUAUUAUAUUGUUGUAAGCCGUAUAAUGUGAGUACAAACUGCUUUAAGAAAGUUUAAGAAACUCACGGAGGUGCAUGACUGUCGAGUGAACUGCAAAGUAAAAAAGUAGUUUUAGGCAGUUUUUUUUACGUCUGAAAGGUCUACUUAUAGAAUAGCGGAAAUUCAAACUUGAAUGUUGUGGAAUAUUUAAGAUACAUUUUUUAAUAUUUCUUUUUUCGAUGUAAAUGUUUCCUCCGGCACUGGUAAGAAAGUUAUUUCUUAUGCGAAAUGUUAAGAUAAUAUUACAUGCACAUUGUAGAAUUAAUUAAUUAGUUGCGUAUAAAGUAUAAAGUGUACUUUUUAGUGCACAAGAAAAGGACGUUGUACACUCUUGAGCAUUUAUUUUAAGGUGUAUACUCAAACAAUGUGCACAUUGUUUAUUGUAGAUAUAAUAAAUAAACGGAGUAGAAACAAA